CAUUGGGAUUAUAGCCAGUUAAUACCUGGACGUUUUGGUGGAAUAACCAAGAAAAUUGUGCGCCCAAAAAAUAAAAAAACAAUAUCAAAAAAGAAAGUGAUAUUCAAAUAUUUUUAUUGACAAAAUGCAUUGGGUUCUUAAUUUUCUGAUCCCAGUGGCUCUGCUAUUGGUGGUCAUAGAGUGCAAUACUGUACGAGAACGAAAUCUCUUUGCCACUGAACUCUUCCAAACCGUGGCUAGCCAAAGUCAAGAUAAAAAUGUCAUUAUAUCACCGGUUGCAGUGCAGACAGCUUUGGGGCUACUUUACUAUGGCGCCAAUGGUAACACAGCCAAGGAGCUGCAAAAGAGUCUUCAUGCCACGGCCCAUGAAAGCAAAGAUGGCUUGGCCCAGGGCUAUCAUACCUUGUUGCAUUCGUUUAUCAAAUCGAAGACUGUACUCGAAAUAGCCAAUAAGAUUUACACCAAUGACAAAUUGAAAAUAGCCUCGGAGUUCCGGCGUAUAGCCCAAGAUUAUUUUGAUUCCGAUGCAGAACCUUUAGAUUUCUCCAAUGAGACCUUUGCUGUGAACACCAUAAAUCAGUGGAUGUCGGAAAAAUCAAAUGGUAAAAUAGAUCAUGUUAUUGAUUCCAUUGAUCCCGACGUAAAUAUCGCCCUGAUGAAUGCCAUCUACUUUAAGGCCAAGUGGGCUCGUCCAUUUAUGGAUGAUGAAACUACUGAUAGAGAUUUUUGGCUAAGUAACACAGAAUCGAUUAAGGUGCCGACAAUGUUUGCCGAUAACUGGUAUUACUAUGCCGAUUAUCCGGACUUAGAUGCCAAGGCUCUGGAGUUGUUCUUUGAAAACAUUGAUCUCACCAUGUGGUUCAUUUUGCCCAACAAAAGAGAUGGUCUCUACGAUUUGGAACAAAAACUCAAAGGAGUCAACUUCAAAGACCUCGAGAAUCUUUGGGAAUGGAAGAGUGUGAGCGUGUAUUUGCCUAAAUUUGGUUUUGAAUUCGAUACUGAUCUAAAGCCGGUCCUGCAAAAGCUUGGCAUCAACACUAUGUUCUCGAAUGCCGCCGACUUUACCAACAUGUUCCAUAAUCGUGCCGGCAGCAUGCGCAUCUCCAAGGUGCAGCACAAGGCUUUCAUAGACGUCAAUGAAAUUGGCUGUGAGGCAGCUGCGGCAAGUGUGGCUGUUGGUGUUCCAAUGUCAUUGCCUCUGGAUCCGAAGACGUUUGUGGCCGAUCAUCCUUUUGUUUUCAUAAUACGUGACAAGACUGCUGUCUAUUUUGCUGGACAUAUUGUAAAGUUCUAAGGCAAGGAAUAUUUUCAAGAAAAGCAAUAAAAGUAACAACAGAAAGAUUCGAAGGACAAAGUGA